UUAUGAACAGUCACCCCCAAACAAUGCCAAAAACAAAAGACAUAAUGCUACAGCCCCAUAUAAAAGACCAGGUAACUGCUGUCAGAAGCAAGUUUCAAGAAGCGUACUUAAAUCAAGAAACAUUCCAGAAAAUUUAUUAGCAAAUUAUAUCCAAUUUUAGGAAUAACAUUUUACUUUGAUGCAAAUUCUGAAUGUAUGAAAAGAAAAAGAUUUACCCCUGCCAGAGGAAAAAGAAUAUAACAGGAGUCCAUUGAAUAGCAUAACAGAGCCUACAACCAUGAAUAAGCUGUACAAGGUGGUCCAUCCAUACCACCCUGAACAUGAUGGUGACCUGCGUCUCCAGCUGGGGGAGACACUGGUAGACGUCACACUACUGGACAAUGGCUGGGCCAUGGGGAGACAACACGGAACUACAACUGUGGGGACUUUUCCCUAUGCUUACAUCAGCCCUCUUCAACAAGAUGGAUCUCCGCAAGACGUCAGGGCUUAUGUCAAGAUGUCACAUGAUAGCAAGGCUCCAAAACUCCCUGUUAAAGGGUCAGCAAAGCAGAUUGCUCUCAAAUUUGGGCGUCAACUGUCCCAUAGCCUUCCAAACCUUGGGUCAGUUCAAGAACAUGCUGGAGAAGUCCACUUGCCACUGACCGGUAAAAAGGCAAUAACACCCCAGUAUCCCUCUGGAACAAGUGAUUACGUUUCUGAUGAUGAUAUGGAUGGUGAUACAGAACCAUAUCUUGGUCCAAGAAUGUCCAUUCCAAAUGGACUGGAGAAACAUUCAAAAUCUGUCAGCUCGCUACUUCUCAGCAAGCUCUCUGAGAGUGCUGAAGUGUUGAACGAGACCAAAAAGAAACUUUUUCAAAGUGACAGAGGGGAAUACAAGAAACUCAAAUCCACCUGUGGAGCAGUAUGUGGUGUUCUGCUUGGGGUCGCUCUGUUUCUAGGCUGUCACUAUGGUAUUGGCUAUGAUGUCAUUACUGCAGCAGUGAUCAGUGGCAUUUCAGCAAUAAUCAUGGCCGCAGGAUUUGCAGCCUCAGUGCACUGUCGCUGUAUUGCCGCUCUGAUGAUACCAAAUUUAUGCACGGGCAAGGGACGAGCUGCCAUCUUGUCUGUCAUCAUGACACUCCUUUUGAUUGGUCCAGUCACCAAUAUUUUCACCAAUGCACAAGAGGCAUCCGCCUCCAUGAGUUGCAGCGCAGAUCUUGCCUAUAAUCAGAGCAAGGUGAUUCAAGGUCUGUUAAAGAAACCUAUCGAGGCUGUUAUUGACCAGAUGAAGAUGACCGCCCAGACGCUGCAGGGGAUAGCUGAUCAGGUCCGCAGUGGGUUCAGUCCAGUGGAAGAUGGACUCACAGUUGUUAAGGGCGGGUUGACUGAGGGAUCUGAGGCGCUUGGUGCAGCAGUCCAAAAAUGCAAAGAACUGCUUAACACUGCCUACACCGAGUGCAAUAAUGGCAUCAACAAAGUCUACCAAGACUGCAGGGCAAAGCUGAGUAUCGCCAGUGGCGUGUGUGAAGUGGUGAACGUUGGCCAAUUAUGUACUCCUCUCAAUACCAACACGGUAAACCGUGUCUGUGAAUCCCCCAAGGUAGUCGAUCAGGCAAUCAACAUCGCCAUAGGGAAAACCAAGGAAGCCUUAGAUGACUUUCAGAAUUUCUUUGUAUUUGAUGUUGCUUUUGGAAACAUCCUCUCCGCAAGUGCCAAUACUUCUAAAACUGUGACCGACAUUCAUGAAGCCGUGAAGGCAGAAUUCAAAGCUUCAACCAAUUGGAUUAUGCAAGUUGUACAUAUAUUAGGAGUAUUAUUCUCCUUCUCUGUUCUUCUGUUAUUUUUUCAAUCAUAUUUCUACCUAAAACAAUACCUCAAGAAAGACAAGUACGACAAUAUCUACAUUACUCACAAAUUCAAAUACCUAGAUGAGAAAAGAAAAACUCAGGGAAAAGAAACCAUUCUGCCACUGAAGAAAAGAGAAAAGAAAUACCUUACGGAUACCACUUCUCUUUGGUUUUCACCCGCAGAAAAGUCGCAGCUGUUUGUGGGUCUUGUUUCAGUUUUAAUUCAUGCCAUCAUGGCUGGUACCGUCUGCUUCUUUGACUACGCUCUUUACUGGUUGCUCAGUGUCAUAUCAAAGCACGGCAAUGUUGACUUUGAAGUGUCUGGAAAACAAGAGGUCAAUUUUUCAAUUGAAGGACAUGGAAUACUUGCACAUUUCUUUCGUACUUUUAUUCAGGGUUUUCAAUCAAAUAACAAUUACAAUAGCUCUGUGUCUACGACAGUGUGUCUUCCUGAAGCUUCUGCUCCAAAAUUAGGUAUAGAUAUCGCCAUACUUGUCAUUUACAUUAUUGCCAUACUUUUAGUCUUUCUUCAAGCAUACGCUCUCAGGAUCCGCCACAAGAUAGUAGCUUAUUUUUAUCCAGAGAGAGAACUCUCGAGAAUUAUAUAUCUGUAUAAUCAAACCAUGCAUAAAAGAAAAGGCAUACUGAAAGCUUUAGCAGACAAACUCAAGCGAGAUAACAAGACUGAUAUCUCAAAGAAAAACAUCAGCAUCACGGAGACACUUGCAGUAAAAAUCCCCUGCUUGAAAACUAUCUUUCAAGUUACUGGUGUCAAAAAAACCUUGUGUAUUUCCUGUGCCACUGGGGAGGCUAGGGGGGACAUGUAUAAAUGCCCUACAGUCAGAUGCCCAGGGGUUUACUGCAGGGAGUGUUACGUGGACCUCAAGCAGGGCUGUCCCAUAUGUGAUAAAAUGCUGAUUGCAGAUGAAGUUGUUCAUCCUGAUGACUUAGAAAUAGUUGUUAGUCCAUAAGUUUAUUCUACCUCACUGUCUUCUCUUAGAGUUAAAUUAAAUGUCCAUGUAAAUUAUUUUCUGUAACAAUAUUCUGUGAUAAGUCUUCAGACGCACAAUAUACUGCUGUAGCACUAUUACAGUAUUCAAGUUGUUUUUUUUUUUUUUUUUUUUUACAUCUGCUCAUUCACAGAAACUGCAUGUGUACUACCGGCAGUGCAUCAUUUUCAAAAUGUAAAUAUUAUAAAUAUGUAUAUAGGUUUAUAUCAAGAGACAGAAUGAAAUUAAUAUUAUUUGAGUAUGUACUAGUAAGACUGAGAACAUUUAAAGAGUUUAUUUUCUAUUGAUUUUACUAUAUUUAUAUAUUUAACUAGCCACAAUUAACACAUAUUUAUGGUGCAUCAUGAUAGAUUUACAGGAUUGCAUCACUUAGUUUCUGUCAUUUUGUAUUUUAAUCCAUUCAUAGCAAUAAAAUGACUUUUGGAUGACUUCUGAACUUUAUUUAAGACCUACAAAGCAACUUUGGUUUCAGUUUUAGGAAAUUUUGACAACAACAUAAGUAAUUAUGUUUGUUUAAAUCCCUUAAGAAAAUAUUACUCAUAUGUUUUCCUAUCUAGACCACUGA